AUGGAGAAAUUUUCAAAUUGGAGAGAUGGACCAACUGGUAUUCAUCCAUUAUUACCACCAAAAGCUAAAAGUGUUUCAGUUUUUGGUUAUAUUAUAAAGUUUGUUAUUGGUCCAAUCAUUAGUAUUAUAAGAGUACCAAUUAUUUUAAUUUUAACAGCUUUAUUAAUAAUAUUUAAUAUAAUUGCAAGAUCAAUACCAAUUGGAUGGUUAAGUAGAAUGAUUUGUAGAUUUUUUGAUAUUAUAAUUGGUAGAAUUAUAUUAUUAUGUAUGGGAUUUAUUCAAUUAGAUGAAUUUACAGAAACAUUAAGUAGAUCAAAAGUUGCAAGUGGAUCAAUUGAUCAAUGUACAAGAAAGGAUAUAAUCAUUUGUAAUCAUAGUUCAUAUGUUGAUAUCAUUUAUCUUUGUUAUAAAUUUUCACCAACAUUUGCAAUUCCACCAAAUGAUGAAAAGAAUUUAAAUGAAAAUAUUGGAAAAUUAAUACCAUUAACAUUGGGUAGAGCAUUGGAGAAUUCAAUCUAUUCACCAAUUCAACUAUCGUCUAAAUCAGUGGAUACUAAUAAAUUAGUUGAAUCAAUUCAGUCAUCUUGGAAUGGUCCAUUAGUUAUUUUCCCAGAAGGUACAACUUCAAAUGGUCAAGGUUUAUUAGACAUUUCUCCAAUUUUCCCAUCACAAUCACAAUCACAAUCACAAUCACAAUUUAAUACUUUUAAAGAGAUUUCUGCAAAUAAAUUAUCAAUUCAUGUUAUUGGUUUAUCAUAUCAUUAUGGAAUUUAUUCACCAUGUUAUUCAUCAGUUGGUAAUGUUUUCUUACAUUUAUUUUUAGUUUGUUGUCAAAUUUCAAAUAGUAUUCAAAUUCAUUAUCUUAGUCGUUCUUGUAUGCCACCACCACCAAAACAAUCACAAUUAUCACAAUAUAUAAAUAACAAUGGUUUAAGUGAUGAGAAUGAAUGGUUUGAUCAAUUAUUUAAAUCACUUUCAAGUUUAAUUAAUACUCGUAGAACUAAAAUUACAAAUAAUGAUAAACUUUCUUUUAUUUCAAAAUGGAAAGGUUAUAAAGUUGAUUAUAGUUCAAAAAAAUCAAAUUAA